AUGCCAAUUGAACUUGACGCCAAGACAAUCCAUUUUUUGGAGGCCUAUUUCGCCAUCAAGCAAUCGCCGGAUACUACCGAAUUGCAUUAUCUGCGAUCGCUCACUGGAGCUAGAUUUGAAGAUCUGAACAACUGGUUCAAGAGACGUCAAAUUCUGAAGCAGUGUAAUCGUCCACUGGUGUCUCAGAUCCACGCUGCUAGAAGUGACCAGGAAGAUCCUGAGCCAACUCUCAGGGAGCUCCGAGACAAACAAGACCAACUUAUGGAGCAACUCCUCCAAGUCGCCGCCAAAGUUCUGGAGAAGCAGCUUGGGGAAUAA